AUGUCUGCGUCCGUGUCCGCGUCCGCGUCCGCGUCCACCGGCACAUUCACCCUCCUCCUCUUCGCCUCGGCCAGCACGUUCGCGGGCGACCAGGAGACGCUGACGCUCCCGGCGCCGACGACCCUGCGCGGCGUGUUCCGGACGCUGGAAAGCCGGUUUCCGGGCAUGACCAAGCAGAUUUUGCGGAGUAGCGCCGUCACUGUCAAUCUGGAGUACGUCGAUUUUGACCCGGAUGGGUUGGUCGAGUUCGAGUUGGGUAGGGACGUGGGACGGGACGAGAACCGGGAAAGUGUGGGCGGGGAACAAGCGAAAGGGGGAGAUAAGUCACGAGGCCGGGGCGAGAGCGAGAGCACGAGCGAAGGCGAGGGCCUCGAUAUGCUGAUACGAGAGGGGGAUGAGGUGGGGAUUAUUCCGCCUGUUAGUAGUGGGUAG